AUGCCCAUCACUGGAACCCCCGACGCGGAGGAGCCCGAGUUUCAGCAACUCAAGCUGGCAGACGGAUUCUCCGUCUACGCCAGCCCCCUCGCCUCCCGUGAAACCAGCUUCAUCUACAAGGAAAUCUUCCAGGACGGAUGCUACGACGUUGCGCGCCUGCCCCCCGACGCCUUCGCGGUGGACGCCGGCGCCCACAUCGGCCUGUUCACGCUGUACAUCAAGGCCAGGUACCCGUCGGCGCGGAUCCUCGCCCUCGAGCCCGCGCCCGCGACCUUUGCCGCCUUCCAGCGCAACAUGGCGCUGCACGGCGUCGCCGGCGUGGACGCCCACCAGUGCGGCCUGGGCCGCGACGACGCCCGCCAGACCCUCGUGUUCUACCCCCGGCUGCCGGGGAACGCGACCUUUUUCGAAGCCGACAAGCGCAGAUUUGUCGAGACGAUGAAGCAGGCGAAGCCGGUGCUCGAGCUCCUCGCCGCGAGGGAGGAGGUCGACGUCGAGGUGAGGCGGCUGUCGGGGUUCCUGAGGCGGAUCCCGGGCCUGGCGAGGAUUGACUUGCUCAAGAUCGACGUCGAGGGCGGGGAGGUGGCCGUGCUGGAGGGGCUGGACGAGGACCAGUGGGAGCUGGUGCGCAACGUCGUGCUGGAGGUUUACAACCACGACGGGGGGCUGGGCCGGCUGAGGGCGCUGCUGGAGGCGAGGGGGUUUCGGGUGGAGGAGCAGCGGGCCAAGUGGGCGAGCCAGACGACGGAAGUGUAUAUUGUGGUCGGGAGGAGGGAGUCGGAUGAAGUAGCCGGGGGGUGUUGA